UGUAUAACCUGGUCAGUUUUGAUAUCAUAUAUCAACAAUGAAGAUCCUUUUAUUUUGUCUCCUAUUUGGUCAACAUUUUCGAAUGUAUGGUGGUUCAAUAUAUGUAGAUAAAGGAAACCCUUAUACUGGCCAACCGUUGAAGGUCGGUGAACUGACAAUUACCAAAACAGCACAGAAGAGUCCGCUACAUACAAAAGCUUACUUUCCUCAAGAAGCUGGUACAUAUCCAGUAGUUGUAUUCAUUGGCGGCCUUAAUGGAUACAUUUUGGUAGAAUUGUACGAAACUGUACUAUACAGAAUUGCUUCCCAUGGUUUUAUUGUUUUUGGAAUUGACUAUCGGUUUCCUGCAGACAACAUUCAAUUUGAGAAAGAGAACAACUUACAACAAGACAUUUCAAAAUUUUUUGACCAAUAUACAUGGCUUCAGAAUUAUAUGUCUAAUAAAACAGUGGCUACUAUAGCAUGGAAUACGACUGGUUUAGUUUGUCAUUCUUCUGGUUGUGAUGUUACUCUGAAAAUGAUCAAAGAAAAGCCAAAGUUAUUCAAGUCCACUGUAUUCCUCGAACCUUAUAGUCAGGACGUCAAAGACAAAAUCGACAUUAAGAUGCCAGCAUUUAUGUAUGGAACACAACUGUCAGAGGAGGGAAAUAAAUGUGCAAUUCCUGGUUAUGACUACAAUACAUUUUAUGACCUUUGGAGCUGCCCUAAAAUAGUAAUGAAUGUUGCAGACUUUGGUCACUGUGAUAUAUUGGACCCUGAGCCUUGGGCUGCAUGUCGUGACGUCCACCAUUGCAAGAUAACCAGGAAUACAACGAAACUUCCAGAGUAUCACGAAUUUGUUCAAGGAGCAGUCAGUAGUUUCUUAGUAAAUACACUACAGAACAGGACUGAUGCUUUGAAGUAUAUCACACAGAAACCAUUGAUUCCAUUAAAUCUGUUGGAACUAAAAACGGAUCUAAACUGUACCAAAAGCCUCAAAUAGUUAAAAUAGCUAAUGUAUUGUGAAGCUAUCUAUAAUGUUCAGAUUAGAUUUAUGUUAGGAUAAUACAAUUUUGAUAUGUUGAAGACGAAUCUGUCAUUUAUGUAUUAUACUUACAUAGAUAUUAAACUGAAAAAAAAUAUCUGUGGAUAGUACUGUUAUCUUUUGGUUAUAAUAGUGCAACGCAUAGUAUAGGCGAUAAACGUAAAAACUAUGUUGAAAUCAUAGUUGAUUUUUCAAGACUUGCGGGUAUUGGAAUUUUGCCAUUAUUGCGGUUCGAGUAUGUUCUUCAAAUAUUGGAAACAAAAUUAUGUUAACUUGCAGUUAUCUAUUUAAGGUCUCAAAUAUAAAGUGUAAAGACGUGGGCUGAUAUGCAUAAAACCCCAAAAAGUGAAGACAUCCAUAAUCCAAUAAUAGUACUAAUUUAUCUGUAUGACAUAAAAAAAAAUCCGUCCUUUCGAAAAAAAAAUCAAGCAGUUUUAUGCAUACAUGUAUCAGCUCUGGAUCAUACCAGUUUCGUUUUUGUCUUUAUUCUGUGAACAAAGGAUAUCUGUGUUACCAUCUUGGCACUUGUUAAAUCUGAACUUGCAAAGAAUAUCAGUGUCUUCAUCAUAGUGUCAUCGUUUUAAAAGAAAAUUUGUUUUAUUUUUAUUUUUUUAAAUUGAAGUUUUUGACAGAUCAACGAUCAAAACCAAUUGGGAAUACAAAACUAUUAGUCGAAUGAUUAAAAACAUCACUCUGGCCAACUAAAAAAAAGAGUCUAAAACAGUCCAAAUAACGCCACAAAUAUUAUUAG